UAUUGCAAAUAAUCACCAUUUACAACAAAAGAAGACGACGUCUUACACAUAAUAGAAUUGAGAUGUAUGAAGACGUAGUACUACGAUAUUUACACGAAGAUUUCCACACACAUUUCAGAAUGUCUCGUAGUAGUAUGGCUGUCUUAAUUAACAUUUGUGGUUUAUGCAAGGCCUCCAAAAAGAUUGUUGGUAGACCAGAAGUGCCUAUUUCUUUACAAUGUUUAAUUUGUGUGUGGGUUUUAGCCAAUCAAGAAAGCUAUAGAUCUAUUGGUGAUCGCUUCAAUGUCUCAAAGAGCUCCAUAUUUCACUGCCUAAUAAGAGUAUGUAACAUUCUGAACAGCAAAGGUUCUGUAUUUAUAAAAUGGCCAAAAGGAAAUGAUGCUAUUAAAACAAUAGCUGGUUUCAAGAAAAUAAAAUCAUUUCCUGGAGUGUUGGGUGCUAUAGACGGGUGCCAUAUUAAUAUAUGUCCACCCAAGCACAAUUCUGCCACUUACAUCAAUAGAAAAGGCAGACCAUCUAUGAUAUUACAAGGCGUAUGUGACCAUAAUUGUAUAUUUACUGACUGCUUUGUGGGAUACCCGGGGUCGGUUCAUGAUGCCCGGGUUUUUCAACAUUCUACAGUACGUGUAAAAUGUAACGAUGAUGUACUUUUCCCACAAAGUUCACAUUUAUUGGGUGAUUCAGCCUACCCAAUAAAUGCACAGCUUUUGACACCUUUUCGAGAUAACGGUCACCUAAACCAAAAACAAACAAAAUUUAAUGUGUGCCAUGCUGCUACUAGAUCACCAAUUGAAAGAGCUUUUGGUAUCUUGAAAGCCAGGUGGAGAAGAUUAAAUUAUUUGGAAUUACACAAUCCUUUUUAUAUACCACAUGUGAUUAUGGCAGCAUGUAUAUUACACAAUUUUUGCACACAACGUUGCGAGGAAGUUCCAGAAAUCAUUAAUGAUGAUAACGAGGAUGGUAAAAGCCAGAUACGUAAUCGUUUUUCGGAUGUAGACACUAGGAAGGGUAAUGAUAAACGCAUUGCUAUUAUGAAUAAACUGUAA